AUGAAAAUCAGCGAUAACGUUGGAAAAGGUAUCUAGAUUUCUCGAAGACGCGACAGUCAUUGAUCCAACGUAACUCAGGACGCAUCAAAGAUGGCAAAGCAAGAUCGUCCCUUUGUGAUCACUACCUUAAUAGUUGCAUUCGCUAUCCUUUAUUCAGGAAACGCAUUGAGAUGUUACCAAUGCAACUCGCUAAAAGACAAGGCCUGUGCAGAAGGACCAUUGCCAAAAUCAAUGAUCGUAGAAUGCGUAUCUCCACCAAUCGUAAAAACGACCACUCCGAAAUUAAUUACUACCCCAUCGACGACUAUAUCACCGUCUACCAGUUCGUCAACGACCACUCCUACAUCCACUAGUACGUCGACAACUACGCCGUCAUCUACCAGUUCAUCAACAACCAGCCCUACAUCUACUAGUUCAUCAACGACUAUAUCAACCAGUUCGUCAAGGACUAGCCCUACGUCCAUCAGUUCGUCAACGGCCACUCCUACAACCACCAGUACGUCGACAACUAUGCCGUCAUCUACCAGUUCAUCAACAACCAGCCCUACAUCUACUAGUUCAUCAACGACUAUAUCAACGUCCACCAGUUCGUCAACGGGCACUCCUACAACCACCGGUACGUCAAUGACUACGCCGUCUUCCACCAGUUCAUCAACGACCAGCCAUACAUCUACUAGUUCAUCGACGACUAUGUCAACGUCCACCAGUUCGUCAACGACCACUCCUACAUCCACCAGUACGUCGACAACUAUGCCGUCAUCUACCAGUUCAUCAACAACCAGCCCUACAUCUACUAGUUCAUCAACGACUAUAUCAACGUCCACCAGUUCGUCAACGGGCACUCCUACAACCACUGGUACGUCAAUGACUACGCCGUCUUCCACCAGUUCAUCAAUAACCAGCUCUACAUCUACUGGUUCAUCAACGACUAUAUCAACAUCCACCAGUUCGUCAACGACUAACCCUACGUCCACCAGUUCGUCAACGGGCACUCCUACAACCACUGGUACGUCAAUGACUACGCCGUCUUCCACCAGUUCAUCAAUAACCAGACCUACAUCUACUGGUUCAUCAACGACUAUAUCAACAUCCACCAGUUCGUCAACGACUAACCCUACGUCCAUCAGUUCGUCAACAAGCACUCCUACAACCACUGAUACGUCAAUGACUACGCCGUCUUCCACCAAUUCAUCAACGACCAGCCAUACAUCUACUAGUUCAUCGACGACUAUGUCAACGUCCACCAGUUCGUCAACGACCACUCCUACAUCCACCAGUACGUCGACAAUUACGCCGCCAUGUAACAGUUCAUCAAUAACCAGCCCUACAUCUACUAGUUCAUCGACGACUAUGUCAACGUCCACCAGUUCGUCAACAACCACUCCUACAUCCACCAGUACGUCGACAACUAUGCCGUCAUCUACCAGUUCAUCAACAACCAGCCCUACAUCUACUAGUUCAUCAACGACUAUAUCAACGUCCACCAGUUCGUCAACGGGCACUUCUACAACCACUGGUACGUCAAUGACUACGCCGUCUUCCACCAGUUCAUCAAUAACCAGCCCUACAUCUACUAGUUCAUCGACGACUAUAUCAACGUCCACCAGUUCGUCAACGGGCACUUCUACAACCACUGGUACGUCAAUGACUACGCCGUCUUCCACCAGUUCAUCAAUAACCAGCCCUACAUCUACUAGUUCAUCGACGACUAUGUCAACGUCCACCAGUUCGUCAACAACCACUCCUACAUCCACCAGUACGGCGACAACUAUACCGUCAUCUACCAGUUUAUCAACAACCAGCCCUACAUCUACUAGUUCAUCAACGACUAUGUCAACGCCCACCAGUUCGUCAACAACCACCUCUAUGUCCACCAAUUCAUCGAUAACGAAUUCUACGUCUACCAGUUCGUCGAUAACCAUUCCAACGUCUACCAAUUCGUCAAACAGUUUGCCUAAUAGUGCUUUACGUAACAGACCGAGAAGAAGUAUUUUUUCUUACGUUCAAAAUACAGAUACAAAAGAAGAUUUGAAUUGUGUAAUAAUUAGAUAUCGUAACAGUAACACCACCGUACGUGGUUGCGUUCUUUCCAAUUAUAACUGCGCUAACAAUCCCGAUUGUGUAAUGGAAAAAAUAUGCAAUACAGAUGAGUGCAAUAGUGCUAAUAUGAUAACAAUUAAUAUGGUAACUUUGGUAUGGCUCGUACUAUCAUGGAUGACUGUAUUCAGUUUCAUGGGUUCCUAUUAAUUUUUAAGCUUGAAGUGUUGUAUGAUGCUAUUUGAUCAAAAUGGCAAUGACGUAUCUUUCAUAAUCAAAACUCUUUUAGCAAGAAUUCAUAUUAUGACAAUUUCUUAUAAAUAAAGCAAAUAAAUCUAUUUACGGUA